AUGACGGAUGAGGAACGCCGCCGUGUUUGGGAGGAGGAACAAAAGACGAAGAAGGUUGUAGAAACUGGGCUCAAAGGUCGUGUGAAGUGGUAUUCCGUUCUUGGCCAUUAUGGAUUUAUCUCACGUUCAGAU